AAGAAGCUUUGUAGAAACGUCUUUCACAGAACCUUGUCUUCGCAACAAAAGUUUCGCAUUUCUCGUAAUUGGUUUUCAAACAACCUUCUUUGCAGACUGCAUUUCUUCAGAAUCAUUCGCUGCAAAUCACAAACAGGCUGAGCAGCAGCGGUCGAAAGCGAACGAAUAAGACUUCGGCUGUACCAGUAGAAGCAGCACCCAUAUAACUCUAGGUACGAGCGACUGCCAUCGCCUAGUAUCGUUAUGAGUCCGCUGACUCGGUUUUUGAAUGGAAGGGCUUCGGCACAUGCUCCCCUUCAUAUACCACACUGUACAAACACAAGUGAAGAUGAGUUUCUCAAGUCUGAGGUCCUUCUAUUAAGGUUGGAAAACAACAUAAAAGAUGAUAAACUCGUUGCCGUCACCCAGUCGCUGCACGAAAAGGAGCAAGAGGUCAUCGACUUGAGGGCAAACAUGAGUGUUGUGAACACUUCCAUCCAUCGAUUGAAAAGAAACAUCGCAACCAACACCGAGCUAGAGCGAGAGAACAACAAGAAACAGAAAGUUAUCGAUGACUUACUAUUGAAGAUUUGCAAUUACGAUCAACGACUGAAAGAACAGAGCGCAAUCAUUGCGCAACAACAUCAGCUGUUACAGAAACAAACGAGUCAAGACGUCGAUUUGAACGCAAGAGUUAUUCCUUUCUUGAUGAAUUCCGUUUCCAUUCUGCGUCCGUCGGUUACAAAUAUUACUGCAAUAUAUCAGAAGGGGGGUUAUCAGCAGCAGGAACACCAGCAAAGGUUACAAUAUUCUAAAUUACUCGAGAGCACGAAGGCGCAUCUAUCGAGCAAUACUACGACAACGAACAACAGUGCUUGCUCGAAGACGAGCACGAAGAAGAGCACGAGCCAAGCCUUGUCAUCGGUUGAAUCGACAUCCAAAAAGGCCAGCAAAUACGCACACAUCUCCAUGGCAGAUCGUUGGAUGAACAGGUACAAUGAAUUGAUUGAGUACAAGAAGGAACACGGGUCGACCCUGGUUCCGCAGAGAUACAAGAAGAAUCCCAAACUCGGGAAAUGGGUCACGCACCAGCGGUCCUCGUGCCUCACCGAGGAACGCAAGGCGCUGCUCGAUGAGAUUGGCUUUGUGUGGGACGCGACUCGGAAAGGACCGUUGCCGGUGUCGAUUUUGAAAAGCUAGAAAAUUAUGUUCACGACCAUGUUGCAUUUGCGACACCUCGUUCGCUACUCGUGAUACCGUCUCUCAGUAUUAUUUCGAUGUGGUAGGUGCGUAUCUCUUUGGUCUUAAAAUAGCGGCUCCGUAGGAUGGAGCAAGUUGUUCCGCCAUAACAAGUACGUCGCCUUCCUCUUGAAUCGAUACUUCCUUAACAUUCGGAAACGGUGAAUACGGUGAAUUCGGUUUGAAGUCUUACUGUAAAGAGAUUACUCUACUAGAAUGGAAUACCCUACUUGUUAACUAAAUGAAUAAUAAAGCU